AAAAUUUAGAUUAAUUCCAGAUGGGAACGGAAGAAUAAGACGAUAAGGUAGAAUUAGUUGUAAUCUGAGAAAACUGCAUCCAUAAGUGAUGCAAUUUUAUUAAUGAUGGCUUUGCUUGUUCUAAACUAGAUUAUUGUUGAUCUAUUCAACAGAAUUCAGAAGGAAAACCCGAUAAAGAAGUUCAUAAAUAGUCCAAUGAUUACAACAUCUAUAGGAAUAAUUGCUGGAAUUGUUAUGAAUGAAAUUGAAGCAGAUAAUGCAAUGAACUAAAUUAGAAAAGGAUUUAGUCAACUUUUUUUAAUUGUUCUACUUCCUCCAAUACUAUUUGAAAGGUAUUUGAUAAUAAUAUAUUCCUAAGCGCUGUGAACAUGGAAACAGUAAUAAUAUAUAAAUAUUCUUUAGUAACCUUUUUUUCAGCAUUUUGGCACAAUUCAUUUGUAUGCAAUAUUUGGUACACUGAUAGCUAUUUUUAUAACAACAGGAAUCAUUUAUUUAGGAGGUCUUACAGGGUUUGUAACAGCUUUUCCUUUAAAUCUUGCAUUUGUUUAUGGAUCAUUGAUUUCUGCAACUGAUCCUGUUAGUGUCAUAGGUGCAUUAAAAUCGAUGGAAAUUGAAAAGAUGUUAAGUAUUUUAAUUUUUGGAGAAAGUAUUUUAAAUGAUGCUGUUUCAUUGACUAGUUAUGAGUAAUUUUAAUUAUUCACUAAUAAUAGAGCUGCUUUAGAUUUUUAUAAUGAUUCUGAAUAAGGAGUAGGUUGGGUUAUUUUAGGGUUUUUUUUGGAAUUUAUAUUAUCAAUAAUAAUUGGGUUCUUAAUUGGUUGUUUAAGUGCUUAUGUAAAUAAUAAAAAUAAGGUAGAUUUUGAAAAAAAAAAAUGAAGAUUCAUAAGAUUCAAUUGAAGAAUUGGAGAAUAUUAUUAUGUUUAUAAUUCCUUGGGUUUCAUAUUUAAUUGCUGAAGCUUUAGAAUUUUCUGGUAUUGUAAGUAUUAUUUUCUGUGGAAUUUUUAUGGCUAGAUAUGCAGUUCCAAAUUUAAGUAAAUCUGGAAGAAAAGUAAUUAUCUAAAUUUAUAUCUAAUUUUAGAGCAUUAGUAAAAUUUAUCAUAGUUUAUCAUUAAUUUUUGAAAAUUUAACUUUUCUAUUUAUUGGUAUUGGUUUAAUAGGUUUCGAUCUUUAUUGGAAUUAAAUGGGAGCAGGUUUAUUUUUAAUUACAUUUUUUGCAAUAUUAAUAGCUAGAUUAACAAAUAUUGCAUCAAUGAGUUUUGUAGCAAAUUGGUUUAGAUAAAAAAAUAAAAUUAAUAAAAAUUAACAAGUAUUUUUAUGGUUUAGUGGAUUUCGAGGAGCUAUGGCAUAUGCUUUAUCAUUGGAAAGUUGUUAAAAAUUUGAAUAUUAUGGAAAUAUUAUGCUUACAAUGACAAUUUUAAUAGCAAUAAUUAAUAUUUAUUUUUAAGGAGCAUUUAUUAUACCUUUGAUUGAUAUAUUAAAUCUUAAAUUACCAUAAGAUGCAAAUGAAGAAGAAAAAGUUUAAAUUGGAUAUUUAGCAAGAUGUAAGUAUGCAAUUGGUCAAUUUGAUGAAAAAUUUAUAUAAUCUAAACUCAUAAGAAAGUAUAUUUUUUUUUUAUCAAAUUAGAGAGAUUAAAGAUGAAAUUGAAUUAAAGGAAAUUGAAAAAUAAUGA